CAGGGCUGCACCUUGGACGCCAUCAAAGUUUUCUGCAACAUGGAGACGGGCGAGACCUGCGUCUACCCCAACCCCAGGAGCAUCCCCAAGAAGAACUGGUGGACCAGCAAGACCAAAGACAAGAAGCACGUCUGGUUCGCGGAGACCGGUUUCCACUUCAGCUACGGCGACGAAGACCUGGCUCCCAACACCGCCAACAUCCAGAUGACCUUCCUCCGCCUCCUCUCCACCGAAGGCUCCCAGAACGUCACCUACCACUGCAAGAACAGCGUCGCCUACAUGGACGAGGAGACGGGCAACCUGAAGAAAGCUCUGCUCAUCCAGGGCUCCAACGACGUGGAGAUCAGAGCCGAGGGCAACAGCAGGUUCACCUACAGCGUCCUGGAGGACGGUUGCACGAAACACACCGGGAAGUGGGGCAAGACAGUCAUCGAGUACCGGUCGCAGAAAACCUCGCGCCUGCCCAUUGUAGAUAUUGCACCUAUGGACAUUGGCGGAGCCGAGCAGGAGUUUGGCGUCGAGAUCGGCCCCGUCUGCUUCUUGUAA